AUGUAUAAAUUACAGUAAGCAAGACCAAAUACAGAAUGUCAAGCUGGUUUCCGAUAGAAAUACCUUCCAUUCCAGUAAUUUAAAAGCGAAUCUAAAGUAGUUAAAGACUAGCCUAAAACGAAAAAGAGGAAGAAGAUUGAUAACAAACUUUAAGAUCCUUUAAAACUAUAUGAAUUAUAUUUAAAAGCCCUUUAGGGAACUGAAUUUACAGAGGAGGAUUAAAAAGAUUAUGAAAGACUAAUUGGGAAAUGUUCAUAUGAUUUCCAUACAGCAUUUUAUCCCGAUGGAGUGAUUUCGUAAUUAUAUAUAUUGAGAAAUUAUGAGCUUUCCUAACCCAGAUUAUGAAGAGGUUGCUCGUCCUUAGCAAAUGAGACCCUUGGAGUUUUUUGACUUUGUCCAAUAGGCCUUGAAGAUAAAUCCUAAAUCACUAAAUGACCAAUUGUUAUUUAAAGCAAUAGAGACGAGUUAUUAAUUAUUAUCAAUAUCUUAGUCUGAGCUGCAAAACUCCCUCUCUUCAGACCCUUUUCAAUUAUAAUCCUAAUAAAGUGAUGUAAGAUAUAAAUAAUUUUUCACCUAAUAAACUUUGUCAGGCAAAAGGUUUUCUAAAAGUAUAAGACCAAUUUUGAGUGCUUAAGAGAAAUUGAAUUACGCAAUGAAGUCUUUGAGAGAAAAGUUCGAGGCAGCGUUGAGUUCGAAUAUGAAAGCUAAUUUGAUAGAUUUUAUAAAUUUGGAUUAUAAAAGUUUAGAGGAGGCUUAAAUUAGAUGUGACGUAAAGGGGGAGUACUUAAAUCAGAUCCAAGAAUAAUGGUUUAAAACACCAAAGGAGGCAUUGGACACAUCAACAAUGUUAAGGAAUGCAAUUUUGAUUCAAUUAUCAAGGAAGGGAUUUUAAACCAGGUAAGUAAUAUCGAAUGAUGGCAGAUGGAUAUUUCUUUUGAUAAAGAUGGAUGAGGAGAAUUUAAAAGUUGUAGCUGAGUAAAAAAAGCUUUCAAAACGAUUAAAUUUUUGGUUCAGUGACCUUUUUUCCCUUGAACCUGUUGAUAAGAGAUUAAGACCCUUAAGAUUGAAUAAUCGAUUAUGGAAGCCUUAUGAAUACAAGUGCACAACGUUUUUUGAGUAUUUGAGACCUCAAAUAAUAGAAUUAAUUGAAUAAAUCAAUUUCAAAAGAUUAAGUAGAGAGGUAAAUCAGAGUCACAUCAAUUAAGAAUUAUUUUAGUAUGGAAAAUAGGACCUAAAUGAUGAAGAAGAUAAUGGUCCAACAGAUGACGAAUGGUUUGCAUUUUAUAAAUACUUGGUGCAUUUGAAAAAGUGUGUGUCUGAACAUAGGCAACAAAACAUUAUAGACAGUGAUUUGUCAGCCAUACUAAAUAAAUAGAUGGAUUCCUUUCAAUUGUACAUCAAAAGAUUUCAAAAGGAAUUGAUAUCAUAAGGUUUAGGAAAUAAAUAGGAAAUAUUUCUAAACAAACAAAAUAUUCUGAAUCCUGAAAAUAAAUAACACUUAGAGAAAUUAGAAGUUUAUGAUCACAAUGCUGAAUCCUUAAUGAAUGAAUACAAACAAUAUAUGAUUGAAUAAAACAUUCCAUUGACAAAGUAUAUCAAAAUCUUAUAGAAGGAGAGAUUGGCAUAUAAUUAUAUGUAAGCCUUUAUUGAAUCAUUAGAAGUGGCUAAUGAUUCUAAAAAAUAUCUAAAAAAUCUCUGGGACCAAGUUGAUUUAACACCCUAAGAGCCUUAUAUAAACUUUAGGAGACCCACAAAAAAGAUGGCACCUACUCUCUAAGCUUAAUAAUAGAUGAUUUGGUGUAAAUAUUAGAAAGAUGAAGAUGGAAAUAUCUCUGUAUUUUCAUCAAUCGACAGAUUAAAAUUAGUGUAUUUUGCUGUUGAUGACUGCUUUGAUAUCAAUUCCUUUACUAUGAAAGGCUAUAUUAAUCAAUUUUUUUGUUUAAAUGAUCAAUAUGAGUUACUAGGUUAUUGCUAGAACUUUGAGAAGGCCCUAACAAGUGAAACCUAAUUUUAUCAUAAAAAGCUAUUCUUUUUUGCAGAUGAAUGGAAAUUCAGAAUAUUAGAACCUUGGUUUGCACCUAUUGAUGUUAUAUGUUCAUAUUACGGUGAGAAAAUUGGAUUGUACUUUUUUUUCAUGAGUUAUUAUACAAAAAUGCUGACAUUUAUUUCUGUUUGUGGUUUUGGAUGCAGUCUGGCUGAAUGGAUAUUGAACAAUCAAGAUGGUGAAGCCAGUAUUAUAAUUACAAUGAUAUUCACAUUUGUAUUAAUACAGUGGAAUAGCAUAGUAACUGAUUAUUGGAAACAAUAAUAAGUAAGAUUUAAUUUGAAAUAUGGUUAAUUAAAUGAAAAGGAGAAAUCUACCGAAAGAUCAUCAUUCAAAGGAACCUUUAUAAGAUCCUUGGAAAAUGACCAGUUGAAUUCAGCAGCUCAAGAUGAUAGUGAUUUAGUGUUAAGAUUGUUCCUUGCCUCCAUAUUGCUUGUGUUAUUAAUAGCAGCUUACAGUGGAUUAGUAGUAGGAUUGUUUACACUUACCACAGCCUUGAGAAACUCAUUUGGUAGUGAGUUCUCUAAUGUCUCAGUGAUGUCAUUGGAAGUUACACUAUCAGCUACUAUCAAUGUAUUUGUCUAAUUGUUUGUUGAUAAAUUCUAUGAUUACAUUUCUACAUCAGUCACCGAUUUUGAAAAUCAUAAAACCAUGUAAAAAUACGAAACCAGUUUUGUUGUUAAGAAAUUUAUCCUCUAUUUUUGUUCAUAUGUGGUCCCUCUGUUAUUCAUAGGUUACCUCAAUGGGCCUUUGAACUUAUAUUGUUCAAAAAGCAAUUGCUCUAGACAUGUGCAAUAUUACUUUUCUACCAUCAUCAUUUGGUAAUUUCUAUUCAAAAUUUUGCAAUUAUUUAAAUUCAUAUCAGAUUUAGCUAAAUAUCCUAAGAUUAAAUAUGAAAUCAAUGACAAUGAUAUUUAAUAAUUUAUUGAUGAAACCUCAAGAAGGUAAUCAUAUGCAAUAAGUCCUGAAAGAUAUGGCACCUUGGAGGAUUAUAUGGAAAUCUUGAUUCUUUAUUCCUUACUAAUCAUUUUCGGAUACUCAUUUCCUCUUAGCUUUUUUCUCUUAUGGUCCUUCAACAUUUUAUAAUUGCAAGUGAAGAAGUAUUCCUUUAUGUAUUGUCUCCAAAGACCCUGGCCCUAGAAUGAAAGUUCUUUAGGAAUUUGGAAUAACAUUUUAGAUCUUGUAAAUCAAAUUGGUAUCCUCACCAAUACGGGUAUAAUUACUGUUCUAUAUAAUAAAAAAUAUGGAGAAUAGUUGGUCUUAGUAUUCUUAAGUCUGCUAAUCUCAAACAGUCUAUUUAAAUUUGUGAUAGCCUCGGUUUUUGGUGAUACUCCUUUUAGACUAACUUAAUUGACAAUAAGACAUAAAUAUCUUCUUAAAUCAACUCUCGAAAUUUUUAGUAAGACAAAACAAAGUACAAAAAUCAAAAAAGAAGAAGAAGACAUCUAUAAAAGAUUUCCCUUAUUUAAAGUAUAUAGUUCCACUAAUAAUAUGGAGUUUGGUAGUUUUUAAACUAUCAGCUCGCAAUCAGAUCUUGAAGAGCAUAUUAGAAAAGGUUAAUUAAGGGAGGAAUUGAAUUAAAAAAGAGAAACUAAAGUACAACCUAAAAAAAUUGAUUUAGAUGAUCCACCUUAUGAAUUGCUGCAUAACUAGUUUUCUUAAAGAGUCUCAAAUUGGGCAUUUGAAAUUCAGUAUAAUAAUUUAAAUCCUUUUCAAAGGAAAAAGAAAUUAAUCAAAUAUUGGAAAUAUUUGUAUAAAUUGUCAGUCUUAACAACCUAUAAGAAAUUGUGGACUGAAGAUCGUUUGACUUAAAGACACUUUUAUAUGAAAAGGAAAAAAUUGGCUAUCAAGAAUUUAGAUUAAAGAAAGUUAAAUAUUUUAAAAUAGAAUUACAAACUAACUCAUCAAGUGUAUUCUGACAAUGCCCAAUUAAAAUUUAGAAAGAAGUUUUAAUAGGUGACUAAAAACAGCAACAAACCUGACGAUAUUAAAGAAUAUGAAAAUAUGGUGUAGAAAUAAUAGAAUUAUAUUGAGAAAAACCUGUGGUUAAAUUGCAGAAAAGUAGUGGUACUUAAGAUUAAGGCCAUUUGGAUUAGAGGAUUUAGAAAGACAGUAUUAAGAAGAUCUGCUAUUUAGAACAUACGUUUACUUACGAAAACCUCUGUUCAAAAUGGUACUUUUUCUCUAAAAAGUAAUAUUCACAAAUAAUAUAAUAAAUUGCUAGAAACUAACUAAAAAAUGGAUGGAUACAGCAUGAAAGAAUUUAUUAAUAUGGUAAGCUAGUUGAAUUUCGAAUAAAUUGAUCAAAUUGUCUUUCCACUUACAUCAUAAUCAUUAAAUAUCCAAUAGUAUAUAUUAUAUCCUAAAAAAUCCUAUAUUUUUAAGACAGUUAUUGAUUAACUUAGAGAUACAUUUAUUUUUGACACUUAGACUACUAAAUUAUAAGAAAUUGCUAUGUAAUUCUUUAUCGAGGAACAAUUUUAAAUCCAAAAUAUUGAGCUGAUCAAGCAUUAUCAUGACAACAUUUGGUUAGGUAGAAAAAACGAUUAAGAAUAUUUGGUCUAAUUUUUAUAGGUUACUUAUAAUCAAAAAUUGUAAUUCUAAUAGAAAUUAGACAGUAAACAUGGAGUUUACUAUGCAGAGAGUAAAAACUAUUUGAGAUUGUCUAAUAUUAUAGAUUAAAUUGAUGAUUUUGUAAUUAAAGGGUAUUGCUUAUGUUUAUAUGAGCUUGAAAAACCGUUAAGCUUAUGGUAAGUAAUCAAAUUUAGAAAAACCUAUGGAAUCGAUUAUAAAGCAGAGGAAAUCAAUGAGUUUUUGUAUGCAAAUCUAAUAUUAAUGAAAUCGAAACCCCAUCCUUAUAUCAGCAUUUUUAAUUACUUUCUUGAUGGCAGAUAAUAUGCUUUAUUAAACACAUUAAAAAGUGAAUAGCCACUUUAUAAUUUAGCGAAAGUCAUUAUUCAAAUGAUUUGCUUAAAACAAAUAGACGAUCCAUACUAAUAGUUAGAGUAAAUGGAUCACAAAUUAACAGAUGUCCUAAGAGCUAUGUUAGAUAACAAUAUUACUAUCGAUUAAAUUGUGUAUGAAAUAAGAAAGCAAUAUAAGUUUAAAGAGAUUUAAUAUGCGUCUGAUAUUUUCAAAUCACCGGAUUAAUCAUUCAAUUCUUAAAUUUAAUUAUACUUACAUAAGAUAAACUGUUCAUUCCGAAUGAAAUUUUAUGAUUAAACAUUAAAUUUAAUUCAAUAAUUUGAUAAUAUCUUAAAAAGAGAAUAUCCACCUUAAAAUAAAGAUGCUGUUUCUAUUUUCUCUAGAUCUUUAAAAGAUGAUAUCUCUAAAAUUAUUCUUUAACCAAAUUACAUGCAAAGAAACUUAGAUAUUAUCCUAAUAUACUAUUUAAAAAUGGCGACAUUAUGUGCUUUGAAGUUAGACUUUGAUGAAGAUCUUAAUAGUUUACUUACUGGAAUAUAGAGUUGUUCAAAUGAAAUUAAUUUAAUUAUAAGACAAUUGUGUCUUAAUAUUGAAUUUUAAAAUUUGAAUCCUACUGAAUAGCAUACUCUUCUCAGAAAGAGGAAAAAGAAUAAAUAAAAUACAAGGUUGUUUUCAGAACAAAGAAUGUUUUUAUUAGAAACUUUAAGAUAUAAUUAAGAAUAUUUAAAUGUAAUAAUUCAAUACAAAUCUCAAUUACAAAGGUAUAGUAAUUAAUUAAACAUUGUUUAAAGUAUAAAAUAAUAUUUUAAUAAAAAUUAUGGCUUUGCUAGUUUUCUAAUAGAUGAUAGCAUACAAAAUACUUAAAAAAUUAUUAAGCCUGUAUAAUUACCUGUGAUUUUAGAAUAAGCAAGACAAAUAAGUUUAGAAAUGUUUAAUUUAGAUUAAUUUUCUCCUUAGAUGGAUGAUGAUGAUGUUAUUGAUUUGUUUAAUAAGCCUAAUAAUGACUUUAAUAUUUUGGAUGAAAUUCAUACUAAUCUUAAUUACUGCAUGUAAUAUCUAUACUUUUAAUAUUUAUAAUUGAUUGUAUGGUUUGAUGAAUAAAAUGUAAUGUUCGAUUAGAAUUGUUAGUAAUUCGUUAAACUGCAAUUAUAAAAUAUACCAGUCUUUGAUAAUCUAAAGUGCUAAAUAUUGCAAUUAAUGAAAUUUGAAGUUCAUUAGGAUUAGAUAAAGUCAUAUGAAGAUUGUGAGUUAGGAAAAUAUUUGAUUUUAAAGAUUAGAAAGUGGAAUGAAUCAAAUUUCAAUGAGAUUUAUGAUAUUAUUGAUAGUAGCGACUUUUAAUAUAUGUGGGUCCAAUUGAUGACUCAAAGUCUAAUUAAUAAAACACUUGUGAAUAGACAAAUAAUCUGUGAAUUUUUAGAGUAGGACAAAGAUGAUAUACGAUUCAUAUUGCUAAGGAUACGAUUGCUAAUGUAAUUACUACAUAUGGAUGAUUAUCAAUCAACAAAUAUUAUCAUAAAUUAGAAUAUACAGAACUAUUAGAAACUAAAUAGAAAAUACGAAGAUAAAUCAAAGAUAUUGCAAUUGAAAAGUCUCAUAAAAUAAUAUAAGUACUAGUAUUAUUAUUUGGAAGAAUCGUGGUUUUAACAUUUUAGCUUAAGCUAGCUUAGAUUGACAUAUCUGUUGGCAAUAUGCUAUGCAUUUUCACCAAAGCAUAUUGAGAACUUCCAUAAUUAAAGUUCAUUUGAAAUAACCUAAUUACAAGGUGCUUUAAAUUAAAUAGAGGAAAACAAAUAACAAGAGUCUUUUCAUUUAAUGUUAAAGGCUGCAUAAAUCGUGUAAUUACAUGAUUAUUGCAACUUGCUCGAUGAUGAGGCAAUAGGAUUUGUGAAAUAUCAACAACUUUACACUUUUAUCACUUUAAGUUUGCAAUAAGGAGUGGGUUUAUAAUUCACAUUUGAAGCCAUAAAAAGAAUUGUUAAUUACGAUAUAAACCCAUCCAUUUUUAUUCUAUUGUUGAUUCAAUAGUUUAUUAGCUUUUAGUUGAUAGAUUAAGUGGAUAUCUUUAUUCGUUUAAUUUAAAAGAUGCAACAAAAUAAAUCAAUGUUAUUGGAAGAGGCUCAUGAGGGAUUUGAUAUGGAUCUCAAAAUCUUCACAUUCUUCACAAAAUCCUAAGAUAUGAAGAUUAUUAAGCCAUAUGACUAGUUAUACAUUAGAUAUCCUACUAUUUAGUAAUACAAGGAUCUUCUGUUAGAUUCUCAAAGUUUAUUUUAUUUUUCACUCUAUCAUGAGAAUAUAGAAGAACAAUAAAUUUAAAUUAGAACCCAACUUCGAUAAUUGCUGUUAGAUGCUAGAUAUACAAAGAUGAUUCAGUUAUAUGAAUCAUUACUUUUAUACUUUAAUAUGCAAAUUGGCGAAGAAGUAGAUUAACUGCAUAGCAAGGUUGCAAGAUAUCAAAUAACUGAGAAAACCUUAUUUCACGCUAUUAUUUGUCAUUAGUUGAGUCGAUAUUAUGUUUGUAGAUAUGAUUAUCAAUUAGCUUUUAAUUCUUCCAAACAUGCACUUAAUUAUAUUAAGUCUUCUCAAUUUGAACAAGCAGUUAUUAUAAAAAUUGAAAAAAAUAUCUUUCAUUUUUAAAAUAACAUUUAAAAUGAAGAAUUAAUGAAAUUAUUUAAUUUACAAUUAUUUGAUUGCAUUUACGAGGAAUCAGAUCAAUAUUAUAAUAAUGUGAUUGAUGAAACAUUCAUCAAUGAACAAAUUUUGAUUCAUGUUGAAUCAGUUAUCAACUUAUAGCAUCAAUUCAUAUAUUAGUAAUCCUAUCAAACCAAUAGAGGUCGAUAACAAUCAUAAUAUUAGUAAACAAAAUAGAAUGAAUAAUAACAAAUAUUUGAAAUUGAUAUUCAAUUGACUGAUCUAUUGUAUUUGUUAUAGACAUUGCCAUUUCGAUCUUAGCAAUUAAAGGUAUUUUAUAUCAUAGCCUAAUAUCUGUUGUAUCAUUUAACUACUGAAGGAAUUCAAAUGGUAGAAAUGAACCUGAAAAAGAAUUGCAAAUAAAGGCUAAAGGAGAUUUCUAGUUAGAUAUCAUCGAUUAAGCUUAUUGUAAGCUAAAAAAUUCAGUAGAAGGAAUUAACUUAAGAAGAAUUUCAAGAUGCAGAAUUACGAAAGUAAUUGCUUUCUUUUGAAUAAAUCAUCUUAAAUAGUGUAGAAUAUGGUAUUAACAAAGUAAUAAUGCUGUCUUGGAUUCAUUAAUCUAUUGACAGAGCCCUUGAAUUAUGUGAAUACUUUUAAGAUCAAUAUAUGAUAAAAGUGCAUUAUUUCGUACCAAAAUUUUAAUUACUUCAAAUUAGGAUGUAUUAAGAGGGAGAACAAUUAAUCAAGUUGAUCAAUUAAAUUAGUUUUGUUAAUGAUUCCUUAAGAGAUUUUUAUUCAAACAAUUCGCAUCCUACAAAAGGAGUACUUUAUUAUUUGAUGGGUCAGUAAAAGAGAUGGUUAAAAUAUCUAUAUAUCAAAUAUAUUGAAUAGGUUAUUGAAUUUCAACAAUUCAAUAUUGAUGAAUUGAGAGUGAUUACCAAAGGUCUGCUUGAGUAAAAUCUGAAACUGUAUCACAUAUGGGAAAAAUUUGAUUCUCCUUACAGAUACACCAUACCUUAAUAAUUGGAGGCAUUUAUUAUAGAGGAAGUAGGAAAUAUCGUAAAAGAGGAUAAUAAUGUUACAGAUUUAAAAGUUUUCUAAGCAACUGGAAUAGUUGAGGAAUUAAUUUAAUAGUUUUAAAAUCAAAUAGAUGUAAAUGGUAAUCUAGAUUUCAUUUAUUCUGCCUCUUAAUUUGAUUAUUUCAAGUAAGAUAACUUUUACACUCAAGACAUCAAAUUUAUUCAAUAAUAGGAUAAAUUAAAAUAGCAACAAGAAUAAGAUUUAUAGUAAUAGCAGCAAUAAGCUGGUCAAAAAAGAAGAUGA